UUAAGUUCCAGAACACCCUCCAUAAAACCUCAUCAAAAGCCAUAAAAACAUCAGCAAUCUUCAAGUUGUACUCAUUUAGAAUUAUGCCUCUAAAACAACGUAAAAUGAAGAAAAGUGGUAAAAAGAAGAAAAGUGACGAAGAUAUGGGAAAGUCACAAACCGAAGAGCGACAAGAAGAGCAUAAGGAUGAUAAGAUCGUGAUAAAAUCUUUUACGGAUAAUGAGGUAGAAGUUAGUGAAAAUACCGUCACACCUGAUAUUCCGUUUGAGCUUGUGGAAAUUAUUAUGAAGUUUUGCGUUGGUGUGGAAUACAUGAACUUUCGUGCUACUUGCAAACAUUGUUAUCAAGCAGCACCGUUGAUACAUUGGAGCCAGUGGGAUAAAAAAGAAUUACUGAGAUUGCAGAGUUAUUCAUUAGUCUCACCAGGGCUAAUGGUGGUAGACAAGGAUCUAGGCCGCUUCACUUUUACAGAUCCGUUGUCUGGUGACAAUUACUUCAUGAAAAUCGACUCAUGGAUAUGACCGAUUAACAGGAUAUGUUGUUCCGGAUUUGGUUGGUUGUUGUUUUAUACCGAUUAUUAUAGACUGGUGUUAUAUAACCCCUUCACAAGAGAUAUCCGUUGCCUUCCAAAGAUGAAAGAUAGUGUCAAAGCUAGCAGCUUCUGCUUCUCAGCACCACCUACUUCUCGCUGUUGUAGGGUUGUUGGGCUUGCAGGUAUUUAUUGUUAUGUUCACACCGUUGGGGAACAAUUGUGGCAUGAAAUUUUGGUGUUGCUGUGGCCCGGAAGUAAUUACUUCAGCCCAGAAGCCUUCCAAUUGCCAUUCUUUUAUGGUCAAGAUAUUUAUGGCUUGUUUCAAAAAAAAGAAGGUCUUCAUGUUAUUAAGGUCGAAAACAAAUUAGAAAUCUCUUUGACGAAAAAUGUAGCCAAAGCUCCAACAAGUUGUUGCAAGUCUGGAGCACCUUUUAAGAACUUUCUUACGAAAUGGGAUCAGGGUCUGUUACUAGUCAUGGUGUCUGAUGAAUCCGUCCAGGUAUUUAAGCUCGAUGACCAUACAAAAGAAUGGCUGAAAAUAGAUGGUAUAGGGAGGCACAUGAUUUAUAUCAGUGAUACAAGUUGUCUAUGUGUUGAAGCAAAAAUACGAGAAAUGGCUAACAAAAUCUAUUUUUCACAACUACAUUCAGAGAAUGGGAGGAUAGUGUUCUAUUCACUUGAAACAGGCUCCUACAACACCUUCUUUAAUGGCAGAUAUAAUGUUGUGGAAGAAACUUUGUGCAGAACACGUCAAAUUAACUACCCUCAUGCAUGGAUUGAACCAAGUUGGUCCUCCUAGCUGACUUCAUUACUCGCAAGUUGCAUUGUUUUACGAAUUUAAGAACUGAUGUGUGAUGCCUGUUUCUGUGAAGUUGUUUAUAUGAUUAUCAUUCUUCUUAUCUAUAAUGAUAUUUUAGGGAUUUUGUUA